AUGGAUGCUUGGCAGAUAUUCUUUUUGUUUUCAAUACUAUGGCUAAUCUUUACUCCAAUAUACGCUACUUCUGGGAGCUCUAAAGUAGCUAUAGCAGCAAAUGAUGAACCCGCUGAAAGAAGAAAGCUUGCCACAGGUAACCCAGGCUCCAUAUGCAUCGAUAGUGGGGUGAAUGAAGAUUAUGUAGAUGAAAAUAUAGCAUUGCUUUACAAGUCAGAUAGAGGUUUCAUAAGCACCGGGGAAAAUCAUGAUACAGAACCAGGAAUUUCCACCUCACCACACUAUACAGACCGGCUGUGUAAGAAUUUAAGAAGUUUUCCAACGGGAAAAAAGAACUGCUACACUCUGCAACCUGAACAGGGAAAAAACCAUAAUUACUUGAUCAGGGCUUUCUUUUGUUAUGGAAAUUACGAUAGCAUGAAUCAACCUCCAGCGUUUGAUAUGCACAUAGGGGUUAACUAUUGGGCGUCGGUGAAUGACCUAACUGCUACUGAUUGGAGCCUAUACGAGCUCUUUCAUUUUUCUUCAACUGAUAUUAUUCAUGUGUGUCUUGUAAACACAAAUUUUGGAGUACCUUUCAUUUCAGCAUUGGAAUUACACCCUGUGAAUGAUUCCAUUUAUAGAAGUGAGUAUGGAUCAUUAAUAGCUUUGAGAGGAUAUCAACUUAGCUAUUUGGAUACAGACGAGAAUUACAGGUACAAGGAUGAUGUCUUUCAUCGCACCUGGUACUCUUAUGAGUUUGAUAAUUCAACUUGGGUCAAUGCCACAUCAGACACACAACUCCAAGAAAUUAAUUCUUCCUACAAACUACCCAUUGAAGUGUUAAGAACUGCGGCCCAGGCCCAAAAUGACCUUGGCUCAUUGACGUACAACGAGAGCUUUGGCUGUUCCCCAUCGUGCAAUUUUUAUGUCUACUUUCACAUUGCUGAAAUUGUGGAGAUUCCACCGGAUCAACGAAGAGAAUUCACAAUUACUCUGAAUGAUCUCAACUAUGGACCCCUUAGCCUGGAAUACUUGGAGGCGCAGACUACAGUUCUUAAUUUAACUCAAGGAGAUAUUUACUUUAAUAUUAGUCAAACAAGCAACUCUGACCUUCCACCCAUUCUCAAUGCCUUCGAGAUUCUCCAUGUACUUGAGCUUCCUCUUUCUCCGACAGAUCAAGCAGAUGUUGAUGCAAUCAUGGCCGUCAUGCAAUCAUACAACAUAAAUGGAGAUGAAUGGCAAGGAGACCCAUGUGUGCCGAGAGAGGUUUCAUGGAAAGGUUUGGACUGUAGUUAUGACGACAAUCCUCCAAGGAUCAUCUCUCUGGACCUCAGUUCAAGGAAAUUGACUGGGGAAAUAGCUUCGCCACUCUCCGCCCUCAAGGAAAUUCAGUCCUUGGAUUUAUCGUACAAUAAAUUGACUGGAAUUCUGCCCAAUUUUUUAGCAGAAUUGCUGAAUUUAACGCGGCUGGAUUUAUCAUACAAUGAAUUGACAGGGCCGGUGCCAGAAUUUUUAGCACGCCUGCCUAACUUAAAGACUCUAAAUUUAACCAGUAACAAGCUCACUGGAUCCAUUCCACAGUCCCUUUUAGAUAAGUCUAAUAAUGGAACAUUGCAGUUAAGCUUCGAUGAAAACCCAAAUUUAUGCCAGUUCAAUUCCUGUGGAAAAAGGAAGCAAAAUCUUCUUCCAAUUGUUGCAUCAAUUAUAUCAAUCUUGAUGCUUCUACUCCUAUGCAUGAUAGCUAUCUAUUGGAGGUAUAAAAGACGUAAAGGUAAUAUAUUUUUCCUUUACUAUCAACUAUAUAUUUCAAACUUUAUCUGUGGUACUAACACAGCAACAGCAGAAACACAAAAAUCAAAGCAUAGAACCUUUAGUUAUUCUGAGAUUGUUAGCAUUACCGGUAACUUUAAGACCUACAUUGGAGGAGGGGGCUUUGGAAAAGUUUACUUUGGAACUCUAAAAGAUGGCACUCAAGUUGCAGUUAAGUUGUUAUCUCAGUCGUCAAAGCAAGGCUGCAAGGAAUUUCAAGCAGAGGUGCAGCUCUUGGUGAUUGUUCAUCAUAGGAAUUUGGUUUCACUAAUUGGGUAUUGUAAUGACCGUCAUAAUAUGGCAUUGGUGUACGAGUACAUGGUUAAAGGAAAUUUGCAAGAGCAUUUAUCAGAGAAAAGUGGAAGUAUUCUGACUUGGAAAGAGAGAUUUCAAAUUGCUGUAGAUGCAGCUUAUGGACUGGAGUAUCUACAUAAUGGCUGCAAACCACCGAUUAUCCACAGGGAUUUGAAGACUUCCAACAUCUUAUUGAACGAAAAAUUGCAAGCAAAGAUUGCUGAUUUUGGAUUGUCUAGAGCUUUCACCAACGAAAGUGGUUCACAUAUAAUAACUUGCCCUGCUGGCACAUUUGGUUACUUGGAUCCUGAGGCUCAAGCAUCAGGAAACUUUAGUAAAAAAAGUGAUAUUUAUAGCUUUGGGAUUAUUCUACUUGAGCUAAUAACUGGUCAACCUGCAAUAGCAAGAAGCAUCGAUGGAAACUUCAUUUGCAUACAUCAGCGGAUUAGACCUAUAAUUGAGAGGGGUGAUAUUCAGUCCAUUGUUGAUCCUAGAUUGCGAGGAGAAUUCGAUGCCAAUUCUGCUUGGAAAGUUGUGGAGAUUGCCUUUGCUUGUGUAUCAAACACUGCAAUACAGAGGCCGGACAUGAGUCAUGUACUGGCUGAAUUACAGGAAUGCUUAGCUACAGUAAUGGCUGUUGAAGAUUCCCAAACAAUGGAAGCCAGGGCAAUAAGAUCAAGCAAUUCACUUCGAAUGAGUCAUCUGGAUAUUGAUACUGAUAUGGCUCUUAGUCCAAGGUAA